AUCGUCGACGGCACACUCCCACCCGGUGCGAACACAACACAUACAUCCGAUAACAAUGGCCGCCCAACUCGCUUCAUCGGCCGUCAUGGCCCCCGUGGCGCGUCGCGUCGCGCAGGCCAGGAGGCGGGCCCCUUCCUCUCGCAACCCUCGCGCCACCGUGUGCAUGGCGGGAUACGACUCGGUCCAGGCCAGGCGCGAGGCCGAGUCGCUCAGGGUCGACAGCAGGACCAAGCAGAUCCACAGUCUCGCCGAGCUCGACGCCGCGUUCACCCUCGCGGGCGACAAGCUCAUCAUGCUCGCCAUCGAGUCCGAGGAGGAGUGCAUGAUGAGCGACGAUCUCUGGGACCGCAACAACGUCGCGGGAACCGAGACGAACAAGGAGCAGUGCAGGCAGCUCUCCGCGUCCCUCGCGCGCAUCGCCCGCGAGGCGGACAACGUCGUCUUCCUCAGGGUCGAGGUCCUCGAGUCCGGCGAUACCCGCCAGAUCGCCAAGGAGCUCAACAUCACCAAGUUUCCCACCUACCAGUACUGGAAGAAUGAUGACCUCAUGUGGCAGCACGUCGGCGCCGGAGCGGGCGUCGCCGCGGAGCUCUCCGAGGGCGUCCUCUACUACGGCGGUCAGGGCGCCGCUGGUCUCAACGUGAGAGAUUACGUCACCGAGAUCAACAGCCGCAACGACCUCGGCAACUUUAUCGAAUCGUGCGCGGCGCCCACCGGUCCCCUCCCGGGCUUCGAUGCGGGCCUGGACGUCCCCUGCGACAAGCAGCUCGCCAUCGUGGACAUCGGCGUCGACAAGGAUGCCCCGCACGGGUGCCUCCACAUCUUCCCCGCCGUGCUCUCCCUCGCGAGGAACACGCAGGGGUUCACCCGGUGGGCGCGCAUGGCGAUCGAUAAGAACGCCGAGACGGCCGACAUCGCGCGCGAGUUUGGCAUCGACACCGUCCCGUCCUUCGUCUUCCUGGCCGACGGCAAGGUUGUGGACAGGUACUCCGGAAGCGAUCGCGUGGAGCUCAUGAACCACGUUCUCGCGUUUCAAAAGGCUAACGGCAUUCGGCUCCCAGAGCGCGGCGCCAAGCGGAGGAUGAGCACCGCGGAGGCGAAGGAGAUCGCGCGCGCGGCGAGGGACCGCGCCAAGGCUGAGGGUCGCCAGACUGGCUGGUAAAGAACGCGUCGAAGCAGCAGCCGCGACGCCUCGGCGGUGAGUCGAGCCGCCGCGCACAUUCAUUUCGGUUCGGGUCGGAGCCGGCGCUCCGGGGUGACACGAAAAAGUUUUCCUUUAUGUUUGCUCCGUUUGGGGGCGAGAGAUCUCUCGCCCCUGGUUCGGUUCAAACCGAGUGAUGAGAUUAGUAUUUGUAACGUAAGCUGAUGUUCAGUGUG